CGAGCUGCUCCCUGCUGCGGAGUUUGCUUACAACAAUCAUGUCCACUCCUCAACACAGCAAGUCCCGUUCAUGACGGACACCGGUCGGCUCCCUCGUAUGGGCUUCGAGCCGAAUGGGCUGUACUCGGCUGUGAGCGAAUCAGCAAACAAGUUCCGCGACCGAAUUGCUUCCGGGGUGGCCGAAGCCAAGUCUGCGCUGGUGAAGGCUAAAGAGGAGUACAAGCAGUACUA